UCCAUUUCCUCAAGUCGUCAGUGAGAUAGGAUGAUUGGAAUCUGGAACGAGUCCGUGAUUAUACUGGGUUCGAGUAGCGCGAGUCGCAGCCGAUAGCUUCUCAACCACAACAACUGCCCCCUACCGCGAAUUCCGCAACCUCCCCACCGUCUAACACAAGAUGGUGCGCGAGAAGAAAUCGCCCCACAAAACUGACUCACAGAAAUCGAGCACCAACCUAGUGGGCAAGUUCACGCAGAGCGUACGUCGCAUCGUACAGGAUGUUAAAGAUGAGGGCACUACCAGCGGGCAGACAAAAGAAGAAGUAAUAGAAACGAAUGAACGUCUACGCGCAGUGCGGAUACGACUCGACGAGAACUAUGACACGGCGAAGAAAGCUCUCGUCACUCUCAUGGGACGAUACAACGAGUCCAAGGCUGAGAGGAACGUCUUCACUCGAUACGCCCUGCUCAAGGCUAUGAUCAAGGAUGUGAUUCGUCUCGAAACUCAAUACUGGUCUCUGGUGGAGAUCCCGAAACAAGAGAAAGCGGAGACGGUGCCGGCAUUCGUGCUUCGCGCCUGCGCUAUCAUGGAGAAGACGCAAAAAUCUGGCGAAGGAGUCAAAACUUCCUCUAAGCUGGCUGAAGAAGCCGCAGAUCGAAAAGAGAGAAUAGAGAGAUUGAAUGAUAUGACAACAUCUCAAAUAGAGACAGAGAACACGCAGAUGACUAACGAUCUUUAUCGUCUGCUGAAGAAGUACACCGGACUGAGGAACCUCAUCAGAGAACUGAAGUCGGAGUACGUGAGCUCCAAAAUGUAUCCGAUGUUCCCACGAUACACCAUGCUGAAGGACAUGAUCAAGGACAUCAUGCACGACCCCGACUACAUGGAGGUCUGCCACGAGGUGGACCCGUAGCGCGGGGUCCGCAAAUAGUUGAGGAGCUCUUUCACCGACCGCCGGAGGUCGAGUCGCCGCUAGCGAGUCCAACGGGGGCGUAGACGUAGGGGGGUUUAACUCCCAUACUUUGACUACGCUUAUGUCAGUGGUUGCAAUUUCUAUGCUUGAUGUUUCGCCUGGUAUUAGCUUUAUACUGCUUAAAGAAAUGGUAAUAGGAUUAAAAUUACCUUGUUGAUAUGGUGGUACACCUUGAUAGUGCUUUAACAGAUAUUAAAAACCUUAGUAAAUCUACUUCAAUAUUAACGUCAUUAUCUGUAAAAGAAUUUGC